AUGUUUGGCGGCGUUGACAGCCGGCAGCCCUUGCUGCCCGCCAAGCACCAAGCCAAGCGGUGCCCUGCGGGCAGGCCCACACCAGCCGCGGCCCGGCGCCGCCGCCGCCGCCUGCUGGCCGUCGGCGGCCUGGCGCUGGCACUGGCGGCGGCCGCGCUGCUCUACCGCUGGGCGCCGCAGCUGCGCUCAGAGGAGGCGGCUUCUGAAGAGGCUCGGCGUGAUGUGGAGCGUGAGCUGCAGCUUCUGCACGAGCAGCCGUCGCGAGAGUUCUGCGGCCUGCCCGCGCCCCGGGUGUGCGCGCACGGCGGCGCCGCCACCGCCGCGCCCCCCAACACCGCCGCCGCGUUUGCCGCCGCGCUGGCGGGCGGCGCGCGAUGCGUGGAGGUGGAUGUCGCUCGCACCAAGGACGGCCAGCUGGUGGUGCUGCACGCCAGGGAGCUGGCACACUUGCUGCAGCUGGCCGGCGGCGACGGCACCGCGGGUAAUGGCGGCAGCAGCCGCAGCCGCCGCCGCCGUGCCGCCUCCCAUGCGGCAGCUGGCAGCCAGGGGCAGGCGGUACCGCAGGUGGGCGACUUCACCUGGCCGCAGCUGCAGCGGCUGCGGUGGGAGGGCGGGCAGGGGGUGGAGCUGGUGGAGGCGGUACUACGCUUGGUAUUGCCUGGUAUCGACCAGGUCACCUUGGACGUCAAGACGCACACCCAGGCUGGGGAGGAUGUGGAUGAGGACUCCAUGGCUCAGGCAGUGGUGGACCUGGUGCGCCGCACCGCCUGCACCCAGUGCCUGGUGUGGGCCAAGUCGGACGCUGUGGUGCGGCUGGUCAAGGAGCUGGAGCCGGGGCAGGCGGUGGGGUAUGUGGUGGUGAACGAGACGGCGGCGGCGCGCGCCGCGGGCAUGCACCACCUGCUGCGCAUGCCUGCGGCCGAGGUGGUGGCUCUGCACUAUGCCAUGGCCUCAGACCCACGGGUGACCUCCCAGGCGCGGGGCGCGGGCAAGCAGGUGCAUGCCUGGACGGCCAACACGGCGGGGAUGAUGCGGGCGGUGCUGGAUGCGGGCGUGGAGGCGGUGGUGACCAACCACCCGCGCAAGCUGCAGGAGGCGGUGGACAGCCGGCUGCUGCGCUGCCGGCAGCAACGGCAGGAGCAGCAGCAGGGACAGGAGCAGCAGGGGCAGGAGCAGCCGGGGCAGGAGCAGCAGCAGGGGCGGGAGCAGCAGGGGCAGCAGCCGCGGCAAGCGCAGGGAGUUGAGGCGGGGCGGCAGCAGGAGCGGGACCCAGGAUGGCUGCCAGUGGCGUUCGCCGCGUCCCUGCCCUUUCUGUAUGCCGUUGGUGCCGGCAGCGCCCACAUUUUCGCCAAGCCACAUGCACACACAUGUUACACGCGUGCACAGCAGGAGUAA